AUGUCUAGAACAAGUAUGUCUUUCCUUGUUGUUUUGACAGUUUCACUGCUCGCCCACCACACCACCGCAGCGUCCUGCAACAGUGAAGAUGAAAAGGCAUUGCUGGCUUUCAAGGACGCCGACCAAGAUCGAAGCAAGCUACUUACCACUUGGAGCCCGCAAUCCAGUUGCUGCGAGUGGUCUGGUAUCAAAUGCGAUGGAGCUAGCGGCCGGGUGAGCGAGCUCAAGCUGGAGUCCCUGGGAUUAACAGGUACGCUGUCUCCGGAGCUGGGAAGCCUCUCCCACCUCCGUACGCUCAACGUCCACGGCAAUAGCAUGGACGGUCCGAUACCUUCCACCUUUGGUAAGCUACUUCGGCUGGAGGUUCUCGACUUGGGCACCAACUUCUUCUCCGGAGCACUGCCAGCGUCGCUUGCUCAGCUCGCAUCCACGCUGCAAACGCUGGAUCUGUCAGGUUACAGAUUCGAAGGACCGUUUCCAUCGGUUAUUGGAAAACUUACCAGCUUGAGGAAGCUCAUCCUGGAAAGAGCUGAUGCGUCUGCCGGCAGCAUUCCUUCGUUCCUCGCCAGCCUCGAGAAUCUCACCAUCUUAAAUCUCCAAGGAAGCUGGUUCACGGGCUCCAUUCCUUCGUCCUUGAGUAAACUCAAAAAUCUUCAAACGCUCGAUCUCUCGGACGGCCUCCGGCUCACAGGGUCCAUACCGGCGUUUCUCGGCGGCCUUCAAAACCUGGAGUAUCUCGACUUGAGUGGUACCAAGUUUUCUGGUUCCAUUCCUCCAUCUCUCGGCAACCUCCCCAAGCUGCGUUUCCUGGACAUCUCCAACACGCUCGUCAGCAGCAGUAUACCUGUUGAGAUUGGCAAGCUUACCAGCUUGGAAACUCUGAGAAUCUCCGGCACCAAAGCCGCUGGACGAAUCCCCGACACGCUUGGGAACCUGAAGAAGCUCAAAGUGUUGGAGCUGUCUCAAAAUGCAGGUAUGCGUGGUCCCAUCCCCAGCUCCUUCGGCCAGCUCUCUUCCCUGGAAGAGCUUUCGGUCUCCAGCACUGGGCUUACGGGACAAAUACCGAGCUCUCUCGGCCAACUUAGCAGACUUGUCAAGCUCGACGUUACGUCCAACUCAUUGAGCGGCAGCAUUCCCGAAUCUUUGGGACUUCUGUCCAGUCUUGAAGUCUUUUGGGCCUCCGAAAACCUGCUGUCCGGGCGAGUUCCAGAGGGAUUUGCUCGAGGCCUCAAAAAUCUCACAGUCCUCCAGCUUUCGAUGAACAACCUCACUGGACUCCCCACCAACAUGGCCAAGCUCGUCAAUUUGAACGCUGUCUACUUAGACAACAACGAUAUCAGAAGCUUUGACGCCAUCUCUGGACUGGCAACACUCCCGGAGCUCUCAACCAUCUCUCUCAGUCGCUGCAAACUCCAAGGACCGAUACCUUCCUGGUUUGCAAACCUCAACCUCAAGCAACAGCCCCUAGGAUCUUCGUGUCUCAUCGACCUCUCCUUCAACUCCAUCACCGGAACUAUACCCGCUGCUCUCGGACGGAACUCCAACCUCACAAAUCUCUUCCUCCAAUCCAACAAACUCCAAGGAAAACUCCCAGACAGCUUUGGAAAAACUCUCCCCAGGCUGACUUACUCGGACUUUAGCUCCAACUUUCUCACGGGAGUACCGGCGGACCUGUCCAACUUGGGAAAAGGAGUGCUCUACUCGCUUGGAUUGGAGCACAACAAUCUCAGCUUCCAGGCUCUCGAGGGACUGACCACACUCUCCCAAGUCUCCUUCCUCACUCUCGACCAUUCCCACCUCACAGGAGCCAUCCCAAGCUGGUUCUCCAAGAUCCGGAUGAUCCAAGACGACUCCGACAGCGUCGCAGUACUGAGGCUGAGCUCCAACAUCAUCACUGGAAGAAUUCCACCGGAGCUCGGCCAGCUGACCCAAGUCACGGGGCUCUACCUGGACGACAACGCGAUCGCGGGCGAGAUCCCGCGCAGCCUCGCCAACCUCACGAGCCUGCAGAGGAUGAAUCUCGCCCAGAAUCGCUUGACAGGCAAGAUUCCAGUGGAAUUCCUGGCGCUCAAGCGCCUGCGCUACUUGAACGUCUCCCACAACCAGCUCACUGGCGCCAUACCUGAUGGAGCGCCGCUGAGCACCAUGGAUCCGGAGAACUUCGCCGGCAAUCCGGGGCUCUGCGGCAAGCCCCUGUCUCCAUGCCCCACGAAACCCUAGCUAGAGCUCUAAAUGCGUAGAAUAUCCUCAAAUUUGAAAUUUUACGGCAGAAAAAAGAAUAUUUCUUCCGUGAGGAUGGAGAUCCAGUCUACAUCACACAUUCUUGAAUGGCUACUUUCUUUAAUCA